GUUUGCACCGCCAAACCGGUGUAGUUGUUGGCGAAAAUUGCGAGACUAACGCGAUCCGCAGUUGGAUAUUCGCGGGCUCACGUCGUGAAAUUAAUCUCUCGACAUUCGCCCCGCGUUCACGCGACUUCGCACGCGUGUCCCUCUCGUGUUAAAGAAGCGUGCGUUACAAAGAAAAUCCGCGGCGGCCACGGCACCAGCACCCUUGAUUGCAGUCUCCAGGCAACGAGAUGAUCCCAUCUCGAGUAUUCCGUCUUAUUCACACAAAUGGCCUGCUCUGGCAGGCCUCGAACAAGUCCCUGCUGGCGAAGCUGCGCAAGAAGACUGGUUACACCUUCACCAAUUGCAAGAAAGCCCUCGAGUUGCAUGAGAACGACGUGCAGAAGGCUGAAAAGUGGCUGAGGGAACAAGCACAGCAGCAUGGAUGGGCCCAAGCAGCUAAGCUGGAGGGUCGUAGCACUAAACAAGGUCUGAUCACGGUGAUGGUAGAUCAAAAUUAUGCAGCUUUGGUGGAGGUCAACUGCGAGACCGAUUUUGUGGCACGAAACAAGAAGUUCCACAACCUUGCGGAAAUUGUGACAUCAGCGAUACUGAGUCACUCCAAGGGCCAAGAGAUUCAAAACGAGGUGCAGCGUACAGUAUUCCACAUGGAAGCUCUCAAGACGUUGUCAGCGGGUGAUGGCAAGACGCUAGGCGAUCACGCUGCCUUGACCAUCGGCAACGUCGGCGAGAACAUCAGUCUGCGACGUGCCCUCGCCAUCAGCGUGCAACCGGACGUCACAUUGUUCGGCUGCACGCAUCCGGCGCCCAUGAACCCUAUCCCCGUGUCCUUCGGCAAGUACGGUGCCCUCGUCGCUGUCAAAACUAAGGAGAGCGACAAUAUAUUGGGCACGCAACUUUGUCAGCAUAUCAUAGGCAUGGACCCGCAGAAGAUUGGAAACCCGCAGGUCGACGAGCCGCACAACAACAUGGAUGAGGAGACCUGUAUGAUCUAUCAAGAGUUCCUGUUGGAUCCUAGUCUUUCCGUGCAAGAAUUGUUGGAAAAUGCGCAGACCGAGGUCGUCGAUUUCGCGCGUUUCGAGAUGGGAGAGGAGUUGGACGAGCCAACCUCAGAACCGACGCUGGAGAGCGUCCAGACUUGCGGCUGAAGUCACAGCUUCGAUCGGGGAAGUCACGACCCCGACGCACUUGGACUCCCUGGGACCGAACGUUGCGGUUCAAGGUGGGGGUGUCCUUCUUCCUGGUCGCGGUGUCGUUCUCAUCCCAUUUUAGGUUCUCAACUAUCCGGGCAGAAAGGAAGCUCACAUAGUCGUUACUCGGCGGCUCACGAGGAGCAUCUUCUUGCCCCGAUACGUACCGCUCGAGUGAUCCGACUCCUCGUUUCGCCAGUCCAUCGAAGGAUCUCCACGAGGUCGAAGGGUAACGACGGACACUCCGCUCUGACAUUUGUCGGCUAAAUCCUCAUCCCUCUCUGUCGUCUCCUGUCAAAGAGAAAAAUGGCAGCGAGCGCACUUUGUUUCGAGGAUCGGAUCGAAGGACCCGUGUAUGUAUGGACUCAUGUCGCAGCAAAUAUAUGAAUGUUUAUA